AUGCAGGUAUCUCGUCUGUUUAUCACGUUCAGAAGAAAAUUCAGUGUUUUGUUACCCACAACCACUGAAAAAUAUUACUUUGACACUGUUAAGAAAUCAAAUCGAGAUGAAGUUUUUGAAUUUCUGAACAAUAAUUUCCGAGUGGAAGAGCCAUUGAACAAGGCUGCUGGAAUGACAGAGUCUGAUAUCAAAGCCUGUUUUGAUGGAGUUCUCCAAAGAGUUUUGAAAAACGAAGUUUCCAUUUUGGCAAGAGAGAAAAGAAAUGAUCAAGUUGUGGGAUGCAUGUUGAAUUCAGUGUGGAGAAGAGGUGAUGCUAAAAAGAAUGAAGAUAUAGAAGAGGAUUUUCAAUUUGGUGGUGAUAGGAAAGGUGUCGUGACAAUUGGAGAAAUAUUGAAUGAACUUCACGAGUCCUUCUGGAAAUUGAGACAUAAUCACCAUACAGUUUUACACUUUGAAAUAUCAUCAGUUAAUAAAAGCCAUCAGCGACAGGGAUUAGCUUCCAUAUUUAUGAAUUGGACUGAGAAUCAAGCUCUGUUGAAGUCAGUGGAUGCGAGUGGAAUCGUAGCUGAAGCUUCAUCUCUUGCAAAUCAAAUUCUGUUGAGUAAGAGAGGAUAUGAAACAGUGGCUGCCACGUUGCUUGCAUCUCGAUUGGAUUCGAAUAGAAAUCAAAUAUUGGUUUGUGAGGAUGGAACAGAUCGAGUCAAUUUGGUAUUCAAAGAGUUCAAUUAA